GCAGCUUCUGCCAUCUCCCCUCCCUUCUCCCCUUCCUCAAUUGCCCCUGAACCAUCCCGCUCUCCCGCUCCCCCUGAUCCCUCAUCUUCACUGACCGACUUCGCCUCUGAUGACUUCACAGCAGAACUUGCAAAAGGCAUGGAAUCCCUCAUGUCCGAACUCGGGUUCGACCCUAAAACCGGCGGCCUCGGCGGCGCCCCUCCGGGCCCGGGCGCGGUCGACAAAGACGACAAGGACCUAACGGAAGCGGAGAAGAAGGAGCGCGACGAGCAGCAGAAGGCGUUUGCAGCCGCAUGGGAGGCGAUGCUCCUCGAGGAGAUGAACGCCCCGCAGAAACAGCCGUCCACCACCCCCGGUGCAUCAACAUCCUCGUCGACAUCCAAAGGUCCUGUAGGCGCAGCGGGGCCUGAGCGCCCGCCGACGGGCCCGCAGGACUACCAAACGCGCCUGCGAGAUGCGAUGAACAAGAUGAACGCGUCCGAGUCGACACUUAAGGAUGGUCAGGCUGCGUUCGACCCGUCGAAUCCGAUGGAAGCGCUCCUCGCGCAGCUUGCAGGCGGGGCGGAGGGGGCGGAGAGCGAGGACGAGAUGAAGGGAAUGCUGGAGAUGAUUAUGGGUCAGCUGAUGAGCAAGGAUGUGCUGUAUGAGCCACUGAAGGAGCUCUCGGAUAAGUUCCCCGACUAUCUCGCAAAGAACGCGUCCGCUCUCUCCGAGGCGGAUAAGACUCGGUACGAUGCACAGGUGAUCAACAUCAAGUCACUGCUCGACGUGUUCAACGAGCCGGGGUUCAGCGAUACGGAUUCCAAGUACCAGGACCGCGUUAUGAAGCUCAUGGAAGAGCUUCAGAAGCACGGUUCUCCGCCGGAAGAGAUCAUGGGACCCCUACCAGAGGGCUUCAGCAUGGGCGCGGACGGCAUGCCAAACAUGCCUGAGGGCUGCAUCGUUUGUUGAUUGGAUGCUAGCCAUGGCUAUCUCGGUGUCAGGCGGUUGCGUGCUGGCUUGGGAGUAUGAUCUCCGUAGAGGAUGCGACCAUUCGUUACCCUGGCUUAUCCGGGUCAACGACCCGGAAUGUGGACUUUGUUUCUUGGAGACCGGCUUGCGCUCUUGGAAAGAACGUCCGUUCUGAUCGAAUUUGGUGCCCAAGAGUUCAACGUCCAACUCUAGUCUGUCUUCGACAAGGCACGAUGUGUAUGUUACUACAUUUUUGUUCUUGUUUUCUACCCUGUUCUUCCCCAUUGCUGUUUCCUAUGUCAUAGCGUACCAAAUACAAGGAUAUCA